ACAUACAGAUUUUGGCUGCAGAAUUGGAUGGGACCAUCCCUGCCUGGUUCCUCUUCCUUUAUUCACUGUGCUGGUAAUAUGGAUUGUACUGAAGAUCCUUGGACUGAAAUCAAUGGAACUCGCACGCAAAAUAGUUAUGAUAGUAGUAGCAAUAGCAAUAGUAGCAGUAUUAGUAGCUUAAGUGCCAGCUCUAGUGAUAGUGAUUACAAGACUACAGGACCGAGUGAAUUAGAGGCAGAUGUUGAUUCUUUAACGUGUAGACAGUCUAUGGUAUCUUCUGGUGAUCAGUUGGAAAGUGAUGGCCCCAAAUUGGGCUCUAAGCGGUCUCGAACUGGAGUGACAGAGUUGUUAAGUACAGCUACAAAUUUAACAAUGUUACACAAACCACCAUUGACUCGCCAAAAAUCAGCUAGGUUGGGCUAA